AUGGAUACUCCUCUUCUAUCCCCCACAACAGAAACUUACGGAACCUCUGAAACUUGUGGAACCGUGUUACCCUUGCCGCCCCAACUGGACCCAAACGAGACCGACUGGAUCGUCCCAGUCAACGACAACAAGCAACCGUCCAUCUACAGGGUCCCCGCCUUCAUCACCAACCUCAGCCCCAAUGCCUACCGGCCGCAGGUUGUCUCUUUCGGCCCCUACCACCACAACGAUGUCCAACUCCGUCCAAUGGAGGAACACAAGAACCGCGCACUCGACCACUUCCUGAACCGUUCCCAGAAGACCCGCGAGCCCUUCCUCGAGUCCCUGAGGAAGGUGGCACGGAACCUUGAGGAAAGCUAUGAUGCACUGGACCCAAAGUGGAAGGAUGGCGCGGGGGACCAGUUCCUGGAGCUCAUGAUCACGGACGGCUGCUUCAUACUCGAGAUCAUGAGGAUCGCUGCAGAGGUAGAGGAGGAGAAGAAUGACUAUGCGCCCUCUGACCCCAUCUUCAGCACCCACAGGAUGGCAUAUAUAACGCCGUACAUAAGACGGGACAUGUUGAUGCUGGAGAAUCAGCUGCCGAUGCUAGUGCUGGAAUGUCUGGUCACAGUCGAGAGAGACGGCAAGGAGCGUGAGGGUUACAUCAAUGAGCUCAUCCUCAACUUCUACUUCCCCAACACCGGCGUCAGACGGAUGGACAGAUUCCUGCAUGUCAUGGAUGUCUUCAGGAAAGGCCUGCUGACGCCCGAGAAGGUCCAGAAUGGGCCUGAGGCUGGUGGCGACGAGAUUAUCCGGUCGGCCACCGAGCUGGAAGAGGCCGGGAUCCGUUUCAAGAAGAGCCAUACUCGCAGUCUCGAGGACGUCUCCUUUGGCGGAGGGGUCCUGAGGCUCCCCGUCAUCAAGGUGGAUGACGCCACCGAGUCCAUGUUCCUCAACAUCAUGACCUUCGAGCGCUUGCACAUCGGGGCUGGGACCGAGGUCACAUCCUACGUCACCUUCAUGGACAGCAUCAUCAACAAUGAGGGGGAUGUCGCGCUGCUCCACACCAAUGGCAUCAUCCAGAAUGCCUUGGGGAGCGACAAGGCGGUUGCCGAGCUGUUCAACUCGCUGUGCAAGGAAGUGACGCUCGCAUCCAACAACAGCUUUGACGCCGUGCAAAAGAAGAUCAGCACAUACUGCGAGAAGCCCUGGAACAGGUGGAGGGCUAAUCUCAACCACACCUACUUCAAGAAUCCUUGGACUAUAUUGUCUCUCAUCGCCGCCAUCCUCCUCUUCGCAAUCGCCAUAAUUCAGACCGUAUAUGCUUUGCUCACCUACUAUUGAACCCUCCCGUUGCCUCUGUAAUAAUAAUUUCUUUCUUCUAUUUUUUGGGUUUUUCCUAUAAUGGCUUAUG